AUGAGUGCCCCAGUGCGGGCUUCCACAUACAAGGACAAACUCAAGCAAACCCAGUCAUUUGUCAACAAGCUCAAAGUUCUCAACAUUGAGCCCCAGGACAGCCUGCCCGACAUCUUCAUCUGGAUGCUGAGUAACAACAAGCGCAUCGCCUACACACGCUUCCCAUCCCGGGACAUCCUGUACUCUAUUGUUGCUGAGGAGACGGGUGUCAACUGUGGCAAGGUGCAGACCCUCUUCCUCAAGCUGCCUGGGAAGCGCGGUACCGGCCCCAGCGGGUGGACCAUCCAGGCCAAACUGCAGCUCUACCUCUGGCUGGGCCUGAACAAACACAAGAAGGACUUCCUGGGUGGCCUGCCGAAGGGAUACGAGCAGACUAAGGCUAUUCAAAGUGCUGGCCGCCUGCAGUCUGUCCCUCCUGUCACUCUCAAAUAUGAAGAACGUCAGACCUUCCAGCUGCGGGCCCACAUGUACCAGGCUCGCAGUCUGGUGGCCUCCGAUGCGUCCGGCCUCUCCGAUCCGUUCGCGCGCGUCGUGUUCUCCACCAGGAGCAUGAAGACGGAGGUCAUUUCCGAGACGCUGGCGCCGACUUGGGAUCAGCUACUGGUGUUCGACGACCUCACCUUGUUCGGCAACCCCAAGUCCAUGGCUGAGGAGCCACCAACCAUCGUCAUCGAAAUCUUUGACCAGGACACCGUGGAUACCAGCAAACAAGUGGUAGGCCCCGCUCGCUCGUCUCUCCUCACCAACCACCCCACCACUGCCAACUAACAAUACGCUCCCACCAGCCACUUUUCUGUGGUCCCAUUCCGCUCAUUCCAUUGAUGUUUUGCUAGCAAAAUAUAAGACAGUUUUUGAGCGAGUGCACGUGUGUGUUAAAAUUUUGCAAGGUAUUUUUUUAGCUGCUUUGUGUGCAAAUCCCAGAAAUCAUUACAAAUACAAGCUUUCGUUAAUAUUUGCCAUCAUUUAUUGUUAUAUGGGAAACCUUUUUUUACAGUAAAUUGUAAUUAUUUAUCUAUUUAAAGAUAAUGUAAGAAGUUUUUAACUUUGUAGAUUUUUAAAAGCUUUUGACAGCUGCAAUUUCCAGUACUGAUCAUAUUACAUAUUCAUAAGAAGCCACUGGAAAAAUGACUUGUUUGCCAUAAAUCACAAAAUACAAGUGCCAUAGAAAAAAGGAAGU